AUGGCGGUAAUCGAGUCAACGGCUCUAUUCCUAUCGGUCGCGCUAUUAAUCCUACAAAACUAUGUAAAUCAUAGGGCGAUUGAGACGAGUGACCACGAGCUGAAGCAUGUGUACGAUUUUAUUGUGGUGGGCUCGGGUUCGGCCGGAUCUAUAGUAGCAUCGAGGUUGGCUGAAAAUGCCCACAUCAAUGUACUACUGCUAGAGGCUGGUGGGCCAGUUGGUGGCAACACCGAUAUACCCGGAGCUUAUUUUAGCUUUUUCAAUGGACCCAUGGACUGGAAUUUUACCCAUGAAGAACAGUUUGUGGGCAAAGCGUUUGUCAAUAGGAGAAUCCCGGAGAAGAUAGGACUGGGAAUUGGCGGCAGUUCUUCACACAACACAUUGAUCUACAAUAGAGGCAAUCGACGAGAUUUUGACAUUUGGUCGCAAGAGUUUGGUGCCCACGGCUGGAGCUAUGAUGAGGUGAUGCCGUAUUUCUUGCGGUGGGAAAAUCAAACCGACCCACAUCUGGCCAACAAUGGCUUUCACUCGACAACCGGCCCAAUACAAGUGACUUCGUGGGCGAAACCAAACCCUAUUAUAUUAUUACACCAAAAAGCGGUCAACGAAUUAGGCUUUAAAAAUGUGGACAUCAAUGGUGGCGAACAGUUUGGCACAACUAUUGCACAGGCAUUCAUUGGCACCAACGGUGUGCGUUCGAGCGCUUCAAACGGCUUCAUUGACCCCAACCCCUACCCCCAUAAUUUACACAUCUUGCCCAAUUCAUUUGUCACCAGGGUGCUAUUUGAGGGCAAAACGGCGGUGGGCGUCGAGUUUGUACGAUACGGAAAGCUUCAAACUAUGUUUGCUAAACGAGAAGUGAUCCUCAGUUGUGGCGCUGUUGGAUCACCGCAUACACUCAUGGUGUCCGGCAUCGGUCCCAAAGACCAGCUUAAGAAGUUUGGUAUCCCUGUUGUGGCCGAUCUGCCAGUGGGCGAGCACUACCAAAACCACCCUGGUCUUACAUACAACUUUCUAAUAAAUCCAAAAUACAAGUACGUGGUCGGCGAGAACUCGGCGAUCACCGUGCGCAAUCUGAACGAGUUUUUCGCAAACCACCGAGGACCACUAGCGGCGCAUCACAGAACUAUCACCUACCUGUUUACAAAAAACAACCAACAGGGUCCGCACCAUCCCAACUCCAACUUCGAGACCGGCCUGUAUUUGUUUCCCCAGAAUCUGACUGAACUGCCCUUCCGUUACGACCGGCAACACGAAUGGGACGCAUAUCACAGCCAAUUCAUGGGCAAAGACUACCUCCUUAUCCACGCUAUACUUUAUCGACCGAGAAGUAUGGGUUACGUACGGCUCGUGUCUAACAACCCGUUUGUUUACCCGACUAUUAAUGGAAAAUUUUUGACCCAUCCCUUGGAUAUGGAAGAUAUGAUUGAGACAUUGAAAUAUGCGUUUUUCGUAUUUGAACGCUCGUCAUUAGCUAAAUACAUGACCCAAACCGCACCCAUACCCGGCUGUCAGUACUGUCCCAAAGGGUUUAUCUAUGAAUGCGAUUCGUAUAUCCGGUGCCUAAUUGACCAGUACUGCGAUUCGGGCUUUCAUUCUUCGGGAACGUGUCGUAUGGGUUCAGUUGACCGCAAGGAUGUUGUGGUCGAUCCACGACUCCGAGUGAAAGGCAUCGAUGGUUUGCGUGUUUGCGACGCCUCUAUAAUGCCUCUCAUAACUAAUGGCAACACAAAUGCGCCGACGCUUAUGAUUGGCGAGAAAUGCGCUCAAAUGAUUAAGGAUGACAAUCAUGUUUAA